AUGUUAUCAAAGCGUGAUUUAUUACUGGUUCGUCCUUGGGAGCAACUACGAUUUAAAAAUCAUAGAAACAAGGUAGCUAGGGCCACACCCGCUAUAGAUUUUGGUCCUCCAGUUCCCAGAGACCAUGUUAAACUAAAACUUAAGAAAUGCCAAAAAGAAGCUGAACGUUGUGAAAAAAUUGCCCAAGACAAUAUUAAAUUGCUUCAGCGGUUGCAGUCAAUUAUGAAAGUCAAUAAAGUUGACAAUUAUUGGACGGAAGCACCUCCAAAGUAUAUUUAUAAAUAUACUUUAUAA